UUAGUUGGAGUCCGGAUUUUUUAAAUUAAUAUGCUGAGUGUUUUAAGCCCACAAAAUGACCAAAGAAUCCUCUUACUAUGCGGAGAAGCCAGGAAAAAAUCAUUUGAGUUGGUUCUCAAGCGGAAAGUCUGGAGGAUGAUUGACAAUCUCACAACUUCACAAAUGCUUCUUCCAAUGGCUCUCUGCCUCGGCUUUCUCGGGGCAGCUUUGAUCAUCUUCCUUCACAACAUGUUGCUGAAGCCCCUCCUGCUGCAGCGUCGGCUGAACUCCCUAGGAGCCAGAGGCCCUUCCUAUAAGUUCUUCUUCGGGAACACUCUGGAGAUGAAGAAGCUCAGACAGGCAUCCAUGGCGAAACCCAUGUCAGGCCUCUCUCACGACAUCUACCCUCGGCUGCAGCCUCACCUCUCCGCUUGGAGCAAGACUUACGGCCGGAAUUUCACGUUCUGGUUCGGCCCUCGGCCUUUCUUGGUCUUGUCGGGGCCGGAUCUGGUGAGGGAAGUAGCGGCCGAUCGGGAGAAAGCUUAUCGGAAAGUAGAGCCCAAAGGUAUUAUGAAGUCAAUGCUUGGAGAUGGGCUGGUGACAUCUGAUGGUGAGAAGUGGGUCAAGAUGAGGAAGUUGGCCAACCAUGCUUUCUUUGGCGAGAGCUUAAAGAACAUGACUCCGGCCAUGAUCACUAGCACGGAAAUGAUGCUUGAGAGGUGGAAGGAUCACGUGGGGAAAGAGAUUGAGGUUUAUGAAGAAUUCAGGUUCUUAACAUCCGAAGUCAUUUCCAGGACUGCUUUUGGGAGUAAUUUCGUUGAAGGGAAGCGCAUUUUUGAAAUGUUAAAUAAGAUGGUCAAGCUGGCUGCAGCCAAUGCCUUCAAAGUUAGGCUCCCUGGAAUCAGCAAGAUCUAUAAAAGUGGAGAUGAUAUUGAAGCGGACAAGCUAGAACAAGGAGUACGAGCUUUGAUAUUGGGAAUGUUGAGAAAGAGAGAAGAGAUGGUGACAAAUGGUGAAGCAGAAAACUUUGGGAGCGAUUUCUUUGGGUUGCUUCUGAGUGCUUAUCAUGAAACCGAUGAAUCCAAGCGGAUUUCGGAGGAUGAUCUCAUAGAUGAGUGCAAGACAGUGUAUCUUGCUGGACAAGAAACAACCAAUACUCUGCUGUCCUGGGUUAUGUUGCUUCUAUCCAUCCAUACAGAUUGGCAGGAGAAAGCAAGAUCGGAAGUUCAGACCCAUUUAGGCGACCGAGCACCUGAUGCAGAUGGGAUUUCAAAGCUCAAAACUGUGAGCAUGAUAAUCAACGAGACCCUGCGAUUAUAUCCUCCUGCAAUUGGGAUGGCUCGGAGAGUGGUGAAGGAAGUCCAGCUCGGGAAGCACACACUGCCAAAGAACACAUACUUCACCAUCGACACUCUAACUCUCCAUCAAGAUCCUGAAAUUUGGGGGGAAGACGCGCUGCAGUUCAAUCCAGAGAGGUUCUCCGAAGGAGUUGCCAAAGCAACAAAGAACAAUGCAUCUGCAUUCGUCCCCUUCGGUAUAGGACAACGAGUUUGUGCAGGAGCCAACUUCGCAGCACACGAAGCAAAGAUUGCACUUGCCAUGAUCCUUCAGCGUUAUGCGUUCACGCUCUCCCCUACUUAUGUGCACUCUCCACUUCAAAUGAUAACAAUCCGGCCGGAGCACGGUGUUCAGGUCAUCCUCCAUGCUCUGUAGUCUGUAGUAGCGAUGUAUUUACUAUGUUAUCGUUGACUGUGGGAUAUGCUAUAGAAUGUAUAUGUAAGUGGAAUAAGCCAAUAGGGGUGUGGGUGUGAAAAGUAAGGCGUCAUGUAAAGCAUGUUUGAGGUGUAUCUGUGUUUAUGCAAGUGAGAUUUUGGUGGUGCUUGGAAGAUUUGUUGAUCGAAGAUUUAUCUUUGACUAGUUUCACCUAAUGCGUUUCAGUCAUAGAUGGUUUUUUUUUAAAUAAGAUUCAAUCAUAGAUGGUUCAAUCUUUUAGAAAUAAGGGAGAAACCACAACAGCCUGUUUUGCUUAAGAGGUCCAGUGGGCAACGGGCGAGUCUACUGUAAGUUCCCUGCAGUCUAGCGAAACACCGUCCGAUGCAUCAUAGCUUGUUAAUCUCGACCCUUGCUUUCUAUGCAUCUCCGAUUAGUGUCAUCAACUGCGUGCGAAUCACUGCCCCAUUUUUUUUAUUUGGUGAUGGUGAACGUCAAGGAUGUUUGCUUUUCGGAAAUCCAGCCCUUGUCUUCGUGACAAUCGCUUAUUUUGGUCAUUAAGAACUCACUACUUUUUCUAUGGCGUUCUUGAACGGGAUAGUAUAUCACCGACGGCGUCUGUAACAUAAUCACUACAGAAUCACAACAAAUCUUAGAAACACUAAACCAUAAGAAUCACUACUAAUCAGUAAAUACUAUUUGUAGAAUCACUACUAAUGUUAGAUCCGAAGACACUCCAAGGUCUUGUAAAAAUUGGAAAACACUACCAAAAUCAUGCCAAUAAAAAAACACUACCACCAUAGAUAUGAAGAAAAAUGCUAUGAUAUACAUAAAUAGAGAACACCACUUACAGAAUCACUACUAAUUAUAAAAACCCUAGCCAGCACAUACAGAAUCACUACUAAUUAUAUAUCUGCAAACAUUACUAGGUCCUGCAAAAAUUGGAAAACACUACCAAAAUAAUGUCAAAACAAUAAUAAAAAAAUACUACCACGUAUAAAAAUAGAGAACACCUAAUUAAUAUUUCAUUUCCAAACUUACAAAACGCUACGAAGUAGAGCUGGAAACCACUACAAGUCUUUGAAAAUCACUACUACUCUAAAUAUGACCAAACAGUAGGUGAGACAUAUUCCAGAUAUGAAAUCCUAAACCUACUUGAUGCCCUCCAAUACACAGCUUCAAUCCACCAUAAUCGAGAUGGAGCAGGCAAGGCCAAUUCAGACGACAACGUCGCUGGUGAGGGCGGGGGAGGCAAAGGCGCGACAGCAACACAAAUGAGGGCUGUGGAGGGGUAGGCGAUGCAGAUAACGUCGAUGCAGAGGACGACGCCGAAGGCGAGGUCGUUGUAGAAGACGGCGACGCAGGAAAAUGAGGCUGAAGACGGCUACGACGAUGGAAGGGCGGAGAUAACGAGGACGGAGACUAGAGAAAUUGGAUCUGGAUCGUCAAAUAUUGGAAGAGAGAGAAGAGACUAGAAAAGAAAAUUUGAGGAAGAAAAGGAUAUUGGUUGGAAUGGAGGAACAAAGCCUAUAUUUAUAUACAGAAGGAGAUAAGAAGGGAAAGGGAAAGUAACCUUCCCAACAGUUGUACAACGGUAAUAAACUGAAAUCAAACUACCUACCAAUAAAACAGAGACACGUAGCUAUAAACAGUAAAAACGGAAAGGACUGCAGCACUAACAUCUACGACAUCGUUUCUACUCAGCUCCUCUAUUGCUUCUGAGGGAAACACGACGUCGUACAUGGAGUUCUUCAGUGCUGCUUCAUUCUUCGACCAGUUCCUUCAUCUGCACUUCAGGUUUCCUUCAUCGUCACUCCAUCAUCAUCAGUUGAUCAUCAUUACCUUCAAUACAGUUGUUGGGUUUGA